AUGUCUAACGUGCAGGAGAGGCGUGAACUCAACGAGCAGGCAGAGAUGACGGUGAAGCCAGGAGGCAAGGGUGGCAAGAGCUUAGACGCUCAGGAGAAUCUCGCCGAAGGGAGGAGCCGUGGAGGGCAAACGAGGAAGGAGCAGAUUGGAACUGAGGGUUACAAAGAGAUGGGUCGAAAGGGUGGGCUCGGCAAAGCGGAGGAGACUGGCGGAGAGCGUGCCACUGGGACGGGGACCAAUAUCGACUAG